AGUGGAUUUCAUUCAGCGCUUGUGAAUUUGGCGCCGUCUCAGAAAUUAGCUCGGUUCUCUAACCAGUUUACAGCUAUUCCAUGAUGUGCUACGCAACACUCCUUUGUUAUAAAUAAACUCCAGAAAAACAGCUUGGAAGACACAUACUCCUUGAAAAAUAAGAAUCAGAAACAAAAUGUGGCGAUUUGCAGUGCUUAGGUCCUUUAGGCAUCACUUUUUACCAUCAAAGACAAAGGAGGUUCUACCCAAACCGUUCCUCUACAACAGUCAUGACUCCAACACUUGUCCAAGGGUUCGUCACCUAGCAUCUGACUCAGCAUUACCUAAAGAAGCUCAAGUGGUGAUUUGUGGAGGAGGGGUGGUUGGUUGUUCAGUUGCCUACCACCUUGCCAAACUGGGAUGGAAAGAUGUCCUUCUUUUGGAGCAAGGAACACUGAAUUGUGGAACCACUUGGCAUGCGGCUGGUUUAGUGGGAAAACUUCGCUCCACAUCAAUUGAGAGUAAACUCCUUAGUUACUCUGUUGAACUCUACAGUAGCCUGGAAGAGGAAACUGGUCUGGGCACAGGUUUUAAACGAUGUGGUGGGUUGGCCUUGGCACAAACAGAGGAGCGUUUGACUUUUUUAAAAAAGAGGCAGUCCAUUGCAAGAACUUUGAAUGUUGACUGUGAAAUAUUGUCAAGAAAAGAAAUACAGAACCUAAUCCCACUGGAAAUGAAGUUGGAUGAUGUGCUGGGAGGCCUUUGGAUACCUAGUGAAGGUGUUGCAACAUCCAGUGAUGUUUGUCAGUCGUUGGCUAGAGGAGCAACUUUAAAUGGAGUCAAAAUUUUUGAAAAAGUUGCGGUAGAGUCCAUUAUUACAGAUAGGAAAUCUAUCACUGGUGUAAAAACAAGCAAUGGGACAGUCAAGUGUGAGAUAUUGGUCAACUGUGCUGGUCAGUGGGCAUGGGAAUUAGGACAGAAAUGUGCGCCUAAGGUGAAUUUUCCUCUUCAUUCAACGGAACACUAUUACAUCGUGACAAAGCCCAUUGAAGGUGUGACCUCCAUGUUGCCGGUGAUUCGAGAUCAUGAUAGCCAGAUUUAUGUACGUGAAUGGAGCGGAGGGCUGAUGGCUGGAGGCUUUGAAUUAAAUGCUCUUCCCGUCUUCCACGAAGGAAUCCCUAAGGGAUUUGAAUAUCAGCUACUCCCGGAGAACUGGGAUCACUUCAGCGAGCUAAUGGAUAACAUGCUUCACCGUUUCCCGUCCAUGGAGAAGGCCGAAAUUCGUCAAAUGAUCAAUGGUCCAGAGAGCUUCACUCCGGAUGGACGAUACUUGUUGGGGGAAGUACCUGAGGUACGCAAUUUCUAUGUGGCUGCUGGCUUUAAUUCUAGUGGUAUUGCUGGCGCGGGAGGAGCUGGGAUGGCCCUUGCCGGUUGGAUCACUGAAGGGGAACCUACAAUGGAUCUUUCAGGUGUAGACAUACGUCGUUUUGCUCCUCACCACAACAACAAACGCUUCUUAAGAGAGUGCGUGAAAGAGACCCUCGCCUGGCACUACUUGCUACGAUACCCAUAUUCAGAGAGAAAGGCUGCGCGCGGGCUCAGAUGUUCGCCAUUGUUCCCAGAGCUAAACGCCGCCGGUGCAUCAUGGAGUGAGAAGAUGGGGUGGGAGGUUCCCAAGUGGUUUGCACUUCCGGGAGAAGACCAACCCAGUGAGAAUGGGUUUGGCAAGCCCGGCUGGCUAAGCUGUACAGAAGUGGAGUACAAAUCUUGUACCGAGGGGGUAGCUGUGGUGGACUUAACUGCUCUUGGUCUGUUUGAAAUUGAGUCUAGUGCGGAUGGCGAGGUGGAGCAUUUCCUUCAGCUUUUGUGUUCUAAUGAUGUGGCUAUACCAGUCGGUUGCUCUGUGCGUACUCUGAUACUGAACAAACGCGGGGGAAUAGAGCUGAGCUGCACUGUUAUACGAGAAGCACAAAAUAGAUUUAUAAUUAUGCUGGACGAUGCAGAGCGAGUAACUGCUGCUCACUCAAUGAUUUCACAUAACAUCCCCUCCAACUCUGCGAUCAGUCUGCGUAACAUUCAGUCACAGUAUGCUAUUUUGGGAGUACUGGGCCCAAACUCGACUCAGCUGCUUCAAACUCUGACCCAGACCCCCUUAAAGGAGAACCUAUUCCCGGCAAACAUUGUAAAGGAAAUUGACCUAGGCUUUGCCUCAGGUGUUAAGACGUUUAAAACAAACUACUUUGGCGAUCAGAAAAACGACUGGAAGCUUUUGGUACCUACUGAGUUUGCUGUCUCUUUGUACCGUGAAAUGAUGGAGGCCGGGAGAGAUCUGGGCAUAAGGAACGCGGGUCACUCAGUACUUGAUGGCUUGCGAAUUGAGAGAUUGAUUCCACAGAUGGGAAAAGAGAUGACGUCAUUUGUAACUCCAAGGGAGGCUGGGGUGAUGGACAGAGUGCAACUGGACAAGAACUGCGAUUUCCUUGGAAAGCAAGCUCUUUUAGCUGAUGAUCAACAACCCGCAAAGAAGCAUCUUGUGCAAAUUGCACUCGAAGAACGCGACGAUACCAACUACCCGUGGGGAGGGGAGCCGAUUCUCAGAAAUGGCUCUUCGGUAGGGUCCACGAUAAGCGCAAGUCAUAGCUUCAAACUGGAUCGUCCAAUGUGUUUAGGAUACUUAGAAGGAGAGGGACUGGAUGCCACUGUAGAAGAUGGAGGCUUUGAGAUUGACGUCGCUGGUGCCUUAUAUCCUGUUUCUGUGCAGAUUUUCAACAGAGAUUUGAAAGACAAGUUCGUGGAGACCUCGUAGCUCCUUUUGAUCAAUUCGUGUCGUGCAAAAGUCUAAAUGGAAAGAUUGGAUCGGUGUCAGUAUUUGAGAAACUGACCCAACAUAAACCCUAGCUUGUUAUCAGUUAACUGUUGUUAGGUAAGGGGAGGGGUAGGUGAGGCUAGGGGUGGAAUAGGUACGCAGUUGCUUAGAUACCGAUAUUGAUCCGAUAAAUUAUUAACAUUCCAGGGACUUUGAUUCAAUUUAAUUCAAAUUCAAUAAUUCAAGUUUUAUUAUUAUUAUAUUCAAUUACUGUAAUUUAGAUAUAGCACGAUUUUUGUAUGAUGAAAUAUGUAUUAAGCAAUCGUAUCCUUUUUCAUAAUUAAUAAUUGCAUCUCGUAUCGUACAAUUCAACGGUAAUCCUAGACAGAAUUUCAAAUUGUCCUCAUUUCAUGAUAGGUAAUAGUAGUUGUAGCAAUUAUUCAAUUGAUAAUCAUGCUUAAUUUACUUUUUGAACCAUUCACAUGAGUAAAAUUAAAUGGCUGGAUAUGGGCAAAAAAUAUGAACCACAUGAAAGGAAAAAUAACAUUUUUACAAUUAGUUUGAAAGAGGAAGGUGAUGGGUAAAAAUACGAAUUGAGUGAAAUUGUUUAUUCAAAUAAUAUCAGCAGUUAUUCCAAAUAGCAUAGAUAAUUUUCACUUGCACGCAAAGUGCCUAAACAAAAUUUGUAAUUAGUUCGUAAUAAAGGUCAU